UGUUGAUGUACCCAUGUCAGCAGAUGGUGAGGAGAGGCAGCAGUAGGAAGAGGGGGCUUUAGAGACAGCAACAAAAGGAGCUGCUACUGCAGAGAAUUUUAGUCAGGACAGCCAGAGCCGGGUAGCUGCCUUUAUACACCGGCAUCGCCAUGUCAGCCAAAGCAAUUUCAGAGCAGACAGGAAAAGAGUUCUUGUAUAAGUUUAUCUGUACAGCGGCUGCGGUGCAGAACCGCUUUAAGUAUGCCCGUGUGACCUACGACACCGACUGGGACCGGCUAACACAGGAACAUCCUUGGCUUCUCACUGAGCCUCUAGUGGUGAAGCCUGAUCAGUUGAUUAAACGUCGUGGUAAAUUGGGUCUUGUUGGAGUUAACCUUAACUUGGACCAGGUGAAAAGCUGGUUAAAGCCAAGACUGGGACAUGAGACAACAAUUGGAAAAGCAAGAGGGAUUCUGAAGAACUUUUUGAUUGAACCAUUUGUUGCCCACAAGCAGGAAGAAGAGUUCUAUGUCUGCAUCUAUGCAGCCCGGGAGGGGGACUACGUGCUGUUCCACCACGAGGGGGGUGUAGAUGUAGGAGAUGUUGAUUCAAAGGCCCAGAAGCUUCUGGUUGAAGUGGGAGAGAGACUGACUGAACAGGAUGUCAAGAGCCGCCUCCUCGUCCAUGUCGCCCAAGACAAGAAAGAGGUCCUUGCAAGCUUUAUAACUGGCCUGUUUAACCUGUAUGAGGACCUCUUCUUUACCUACCUUGAGAUCAACCCACUGGUUGUGACAAAGGACGGCGUGUAUGUCCUGGACAUGGCUGCCAAAAUAGAUGCUACUGCUGACUACGUGUGCAAGGCCAAAUGGGGCGACGUGGACUUCCCACCUCCUUUUGGGAGAGAAGCUUAUCCUGAGGAGGCGUAUAUCGCAGACUUGGACGCAAAGAGCGGGGCUAGUUUGAAACUGACCAUCCUGAACCCGCGGGGCAGGAUCUGGACCAUGGUGGCUGGUGGAGGAGCUUCUGUUGUCUACAGUGAUACGAUUUGUGAUCUUGGUGGGGUGGAUGAACUGGCCAAUUACGGAGAAUAUUCUGGAGCCCCCAGUGAACAGCAAACCUAUGAUUAUGCCAAGACCAUUCUGUCGCUCAUGACAAGAGAAAAGCACCCAGAUGGUAAAAUCUUGAUCAUUGGAGGUAGCAUUGCCAACUUCACCAAUGUGGCUGCAACAUUUAAGGGCAUUGUAAGGGCCAUUAAGGACUUUCAAGGUCCACUGAAAGAACAUGAGGUGGCAAUAUUUGUAAGAAGGGGAGGACCAAAUUAUCAGGAGGGGCUUCGCGUGAUGGGUGAAGUGGGUAAAACCACGGGCAUUCCCAUUCAUGUGUUUGGCACAGAGACCCACAUGACGGCUAUUGUGGGCAUGGCUCUGGGACACCGACCCAUACCUAACCAACCUCCAACGGCCGCGCACACUGCCAACUUCCUGCUGAAUGCCAGCGGUAGCUCCUCGACACCCGCCCCGAGCCGCACUGCAUCCUUCUCAGAAUCAAGACCAGAUGAUAUUACUCCAGCCAAAAAAUCCAAACCAGCAGUACCCAACGAUUCAGCUCCUGUCCAUGGACCAGCCAAAGCAAAGGCCACGACUCUAUUUAGCCGUCAUACCAAAGCUAUUGUGUGGGGAAUGCAGACCCGAGCUGUGCAAGGCAUGUUGGAUUUUGAUUACGUCUGUUCACGGCCCGAACCCUCUGUUGCUGCCAUGGUUUAUCCCUUUACAGGGGACCACAAGCAAAAAUUUUAUUGGGGCCACAAGGAGAUUCUUAUACCAGUCUUCAAAAACAUGGGAGAUGCAAUGAGGAAGCAUCCGGAGGUGGAUGUGCUCAUCAACUUUGCUUCUCUGAGAUCUGCGUAUGACAGUACGGUGGAGACCAUGAACUACCCACAGAUCCAUACUAUUGCAAUUAUUGCCGAAGGAAUACCAGAGGCUUUAACCAGGAGGCUGAUUAAGACGGCAGAUGAAAAAGGGGUCACCAUCAUUGGACCUGCAACAGUUGGGGGUAUCAAGCCGGGCUGCUUUAAGAUUGGGAACACUGGGGGAAUGCUGGACAACAUUCUUGCCUCUAAGCUGUACCGUCCUGGGAGUGUUGCGUACGUGUCUCGCUCAGGUGGAAUGUCCAAUGAACUCAACAACAUAAUCUCUAGGACCACGGAUGGUGUGUUUGAGGGCGUAGCUAUCGGUGGAGACAGGUAUCCUGGAUCAACCUUUAUGGACCAUGUUCUCCGUUACCAGGACACUCCCGGAGUGAAAAUGAUUGUGGUUCUUGGAGAGAUUGGUGGUACAGAAGAGUAUAAGAUUUGUCAUGGCAUUAAGGAGGGCCGGCUGACUAAACCUAUAGUGUGUUGGUGUAUUGGGACCUGUGCGACCAUGUUCUCAUCGGAGGUGCAGUUUGGUCACGCGGGCGCAUGUGCAAACCAAGCGUCUGAAACUGCAGUAGCCAAAAACCAGGCCUUGAAGGAAUCCGGCGUCUUCGUUCCUCGCAGUUUUGAUGAGCUGGGAGAUGUCAUCCAGUCUGUAUAUGAGGAUCUUGUUAGCAAAGGAGAGAUUGUGCCUGCUGAAGAGGUUCCACCGCCCACUGUGCCGAUGGACUACUCCUGGGCCAGGGAGCUGGGAUUGAUCCGGAAGCCGGCCUCAUUCAUGACUAGUAUCUGUGAUGAGAGAGGCCAGGAGCUAAUCUAUGCAGGCAUGCCUAUCACCGAUGUCUUCAAGGAGGAUAUUGGAAUCGGAGGCGUGUUAGGACUUCUGUGGUUCCAGAGACGUGUUCCCAAAUAUGCUUCUCAUUUUAUUGAAAUGUGCCUGAUGGUGACAGCGGACCAUGGCCCAGCAGUGUCUGGUGCCCAUAAUACUAUUGUUUGCGCCAGAGCCGGUAAAGAUCUGAUCUCCAGCCUGACAUCUGGACUGCUCACGAUUGGAGACCGUUUCGGUGGAGCGCUCGAUGCAGCUGCUAGGAUGUUCAGCAAAGCGUUUGACAGUGGCCUCAUACCCAUGGAGUUUGUGAACAAGAUGAAGAAGGAAGGAAAACUCAUCAUGGGAAUUGGUCAUAGAGUCAAAUCUAUUAAUAACCCAGAUAUGAGAGUACAGAUCCUAAAAGACUAUGUGAAACAGCACUUCCCAGCAACCCCUUUGCUGGAUUAUGCCCUGGAAGUGGAAAAAAUUACUACUUCAAAGAAACCCAAUCUCAUCCUUAAUGUUGAUGGUCUUAUUGGCGUUGCAUUUGUGGACCUCCUGAGAAACUGUGGUUCAUUUACACGGGAGGAGGCCGACGAGUACAUUGAGAUCGGCGCACUGAACGGCAUCUUUGUGUUAGGAAGAAGUAUGGGUUUCAUUGGGCAUUACUUGGACCAGAAGAGGCUGAAGCAAGGGUUAUACCGCCAUCCUUGGGAUGAUAUCUCUUAUGUUCUGCCUGAACAUAUGACCAUGUAGAAGCAUGAAGGACACUCCAGUGAAACAUGCUAUGUCAUUGAAUAUAUGAAGGGCGCGCUAUGAGAGCAGGUUCCCUGUAGAAGGUCUUUGCAUUCACGGGCAGUGCAGGUUAAGCGUUACAGUUACUGUUUAAUGUCUUAAUGUCCUAGUCUAUUUUUCAUGUUUUGUUUCUUUAUUCCCACUGCUCCCAGUCAUGUUUAGUAAAGCUUUUUUUAUUUUGAUAUGUGUGGAAAUGAAAUUGUGGCAUCAUCUUGUAUCCACAGCUGUAUUUAUUAAAUGGGACAGCAUAAACGUUUGUCCGA